CAGAAAAGAGUGCGGAUCCAUCGACAGUUAAUGUAAAAAAUCGAUGAUACGAAAUUCGAAAAAGGUGUUGGUACUAGUAACAAAAAUGAUGUAUCAAUUUGCGCCACGUGAUUUUUUAUGUCCAGCUUUGAGGUUAUGAUGUAACGGCGGCAUAAUAUUCGUGAACUUACAAUUGGCGCGAAAAGAAGAGAUAGAUAAGCGUAAACAGUAAAUGCUGAAGGUUUUUAAGCCGAACAGACUGUUUAAUUUCGAAUGAAAGCUCUAUUUUGAAUAUGAUUAGUCCUCAUAAAUUUUAUAACAAGGAAAUAAUUGCCAAAGCUGAAAUGCAGAUGGUGAAACCGUAUUCAAAACCGUUUUGGGUGGAGGAACAUCGUAAAAUGCCAUUGCAUAUUUUAGGCCCGCCAACUUUUUGGAUGGAAUUUGAAAAACAAGUAGAUGCGAUGGUAACUGCAUUUAAAAAGAGCACUAACACCGAUAUGCUUUGCACAUUUGUCUAUCAAGGAGAUAAUGGCUAUCGUAAAUUUGUGGUAGCUCAUCCCGAGGUCUAUUGGUGGCAUUACGAACAUCGACCUCCGGAAAAGAGGUGCUCUUACGAGGUGAUCCCAGAAAACUCUCCUUGCCGUCUGUAUUUGGACUUAGAAUACUCAAUUGAGCUGAAUCCUGAGAGUUACGGCCCUGUCAUGACUAACACUAUAAUUGAUAUUAUUGGUGCUUAUUUUCUUAAGUAUUGGGGCUUACCAUGCAACAGGUACAAUGUGCUCAAUUUGGAUUCCACUACACCUGAAAAAUUUAGCCGGCAUGUUAUAAUUAAUAUCAAAGAUGUAGCGUUCAAAGAUAAUUAUCAUGUUGGUAGAUUGAUAAAAUCAAUAUGCAACGAUAUUGUAAAAUAUGUUUCCACGGACCAAAACCAGCAUAGUAUUUUAAGUUCCUUUGAUAAAACAAAACUAGAACAAUUGUUUGUAAAAACACGUAAGGGACACAAACUGUUUAUAGACACAGCAGUCUAUACUAAAAAUAGACAUUUUAGAUUGUAUAAAUCUACAAAAUGGGGAAAACAGUCUAAUAUGGAAAUUUCUAAUGACUGUAAAUAUAUUCCUUCAAAUUUGCACAAAGAUAAGGAGUUGUGCAUAUUUAUAGAUUCAUUGGUCACCUUCUUUACUUCUAAAUCUGAUUUGAUACUUUUGGAAUAUUCAGAUAUGUGUAUGGUAGAAGCAAAACGUUUCAAGCCAUACUCGCCAAAGUAUCUCUAUCAAGAAACUGAGAAAUAUUCGAAGUAUCCAAUAUUGGAUAAGUACAUUCGCGACAAGAUCCACCCUGGUAAAAUACGCGCAUGUAAAUAUCAUGAUUCUAACAAAGUGUUAGUUUACGAGACAACUGGAUACAGAUAUUGCGAAAAUAUUGGUCGAUGCCACAAAAGCAACAACGUUUUUCUCAUCAUAGACUUAACAAAUAAAACAAUGUAUCAGAAGUGUCAUGAUGAAGAUUGUACAGGUUUUAAAUCGGAACCAAAGAAAUUACCAGAGGAAGUUUGCUUUCAAAUCGGCGACGAAAACGAUAUUCUCUUAAGUUCCGUUGAAAUCGAGAGUGUAUAGUACAGGAAAUUGAUAUUUAUCACGGUACAUGGUACACAGCUUCUGGCCAAAAUUCUUCGAAAAGAUUUCCCGUACAGAAUGUCUUUGUUACCGUUACGACAGAGUUCAAAAUUAUUGUGUAAUAUGGAGUUCUUUACCAAUUGAUACAAAUUUUUAUCGUACAAAAGGAGUAUUAUAUAUGAGUUACAUGUGUGCAAUGAAACCAAAUACGGAAAGGAAGAUUAUAUGCAACAUACGUAUGUACACGAAACAGACGCACACAUAAAUAUGUAUAUAUGUAUAUACAUAUACAUAUAUGCAUAAACGCACGUACUCGUCCUCUGAUAUAUAUGUAUAAAUAUGUUGUAUUAUUAUUAUAUUGCACGCGCGAACGUAUGUACAUACAAGUUUAUAUUAAAUAAAUUUGCUAUUUUAUACAUCUAUAUUUAGACUACAUUCGCUAAAUGUACACUGAUACAAUAAAAUAUUUUAAUUUGUACAA